GCCAGCUGCAUCAUGAUAAAAGCAAUAUUCUAUGGCAGAUUCGACACCCAGGAAGGUCCCAAAGUCGUCCACCAAGUCCCCGACGGUGCCAUCGUCCCCUCGCCCACAGCCUCACCCCAACAAGCACCUUUCUUCACCUUCUCCGACAUAUCCUUCUUCGUAAUCCCACGACAAGAACUAUGCGGCAACCUCUUACAAGUCUGCACAAACGGCUACCGCAUUCUGGGGUACCCCAUAUGCAUGAAAUCAGCACAAUACGACCGGAACGAAUUCAUCUUCAAUUUCUGUUUUGUCUUGGCCGAAGAAGAGGAUUUUAGUAAAUACAAGAGCAUUGUGCAGAAACUUGCGGAUUUGAUGCAUGGCUUGGAAGAGCAGAGUUGUUUUUUGAGUCGGGAUUUUUCCAAGAGUGGGGAGGGGAAGGUUUAUAGUCUUUGUGAGACGUUGAUGGAGGAUUUGAAUAGUUAUAGUGAAUGCAUGAUUCCUAUAGAUAAGUUGAAUACGCUGAACUUCAAGCUUUUCCCUGUUUAUCCUGCGCCGCCGCAUGUGAAGGCGUGGGAUGUACCGCUGUUUACUGUUCGAUAUGAAGCAUUCCUGGAUGAGAAUUGGGAUCUCACUCUUCAAAAGAUCGUCCCCUAUAUCAACGGCGUCAACAGCGUGCGCAUAAUCUCUAUCCUAGCCGACGUCGAAUUAUCCCUAGCCUAUAAAGCGAUUCGGCACUUGAUAUAUUAUGGAUGCGUCUUUUUGUUGGACAUAUUCUCCUUUUCGGCUAUAUAUGCGCCUACAGCUUCUUUCCACUCGAGUAUUGCUAGCGACGAAGGCAUGCAGCAGGAAUGUGCUCGAUAUGUAAACACUCGCUUUGCGCCAACAUCUUCACUGCGCAUGGCACCGGUAUCACCUUCUUCUUCCGACUACCGUGGUGAUUUAUCAGGAUCACACCAUAGACUCGAGGAUAUGGACGAUAAUAUCUGGCCAAUAAUUGGUGACACUGAUGACGACGAUGUGCAUUCGAACAACUACAACACUCAUAGAAAUAAAGGAGGUUCUUCAUUCCUAUCUGAAACCCGACAACGCCCAAGGAAGAAACGGAAACAUCUCGACGGAGUGGGCAUAGUAGAACUCUACGCGAGCCUACGACAGGGACAAAGCGUCAAGCAGUGGUACACGCUCUAUGCACGACAACUCGGCAACGUCGAUAUCCGACGAUUCAUCACAUUCGGUAUCAUCAAGGGAUUCUUGUAUCGUGUGCACAAAUAUGCAUACGGACCUCGACCGGAAGGGUUCGUAUAUACCUCGUCACAUGCAGAUAUAAAAUCCCUAUCAAAAGCAUCAUCAGUCAAAGGCGGGAUUAGUAUAGGUAGCGGCUUAGGCUCGUCCAUGAACUCCGCUGGUGGAGCCACGACUGCCGGGGAAGAUGCACUGGUCAGUAGAGAAAGUUCAAUUCGAUAUGGUCGAAUCGAUGAUCAACAACAGCAACAAGCUGGCGCGAUGUCAGGUUCUUAUCAAAGUACCAAUAACACCCACAGUAACCGCAGUCACAAUAGUCACAGCCACACCAACAGUAGUAACAACAUCCGACUCGGUUCGGCGGGUACAUCAUCCUUUGACCAUAACAAUAACCACCCACUUCACCACCAUCACGACGAUCAACAAAACAGCGAAAACCACUCCACAGCAAGUGAGGACUUGGACAUCAUGGACGGCGAAGAAAGUAAAGAAAGAGAAGGCGGCACAGCUCAGGAGGCGAUAAGAUUUCAUCAAAAUCUCAAAGUGUUGGAGAAAUAUUUGGAUGGUCAGCAUUGUUUUGAUGAGAUUUGUACGGAAUUGGAGAUUAGUGAGCGCGAGUUGACGGCGAGACUGAGAAUGGUUCCGUGGGUUGUACACAUUAUUCAUCGAUGA